CAACGGUACUUUCCUAUCUACAUUGACCAAUAUGUAUGGCUGUCAACGUGAAAAAGAAAUUGUUUUAUCUGAUUUUAACGACAUUGAAGUGCGUAGAAAUUAAUAAGAUUAACCAAUUGAUCAUUCAUUGGAAGUGAAUCAGAAUUCUUUUAUUAUUCAAUAAUAUAUUUUUUAAAUACUUUUAUUAUUAUUAAAUAUUUUUAAAUACACGCUUUUAAGUUAUCGUGUAAUUUUUACAUCGGUGUAUAUAGUGCGUGAACGAUUGGUAAUCACGUUGAAUCAUCGAAAACAAUUGUCAAUCUGAAUUAAUUAGACAAGAUUUAUCAUUAUGUGCGCGAAAAUGGCUUUUCAGCAUCAAGCUGGCACCGCUAUGGAAUGCUUAAGUAUACCAAUUAUAUUGGUAAAAGAAACAGAUGUAAAUGAAAAUGGAGAGGAGGUGAUGAAAUGUGGCUUCAAAAUUGGAGGUGGCAUUGAUCAAGAUUUUAGAAAAAGUCCUCAGGGUUAUACUGAUAAUGGUAUAUAUGUAACUGAAGUUCACGAAGGAUCCCCAGCAGCAAAAAGUGGUCUUCGUAUGCAUGAUAAAAUUUUACAAUGUAAUGGAUAUGAUUUUACUAUGGUAACUCAUAAAAAAGCAGUAUCAUAUAUCAGGAAGCAUCCAGUAUUAAAUCUAUUAGUGGCUCGUAAGGGAGUAACAAGUACUUAAAUACCAAGUAAGAGAUUUAUUUGGUCUAAGAAGAAUAUUUAUUUCACAAUAUACAAUACAAUAUAAUAAUAAAGUCAAUUUAUUGCUAUAUGUCUGCCAAAUAUUGUAUUAGAUUGAUCAGUAGUAAGAUAUUUGAUUAUUAUUUGAAAAUUAUAUAUAAUAUAUGUAUUUCACAUUUUAUUUUCUAUUUUACAAAUCUUACUUUUGGCAAAUGUCUAUAAUUCCAGUUAAAAUAAGAUAAAAUUAAUCAAUACACAUUCAAUGAUUGUUAUAAUUAUAUCUUGCAGGCAUAUUCAUUUCUUAUUGCAAUAAAAAUAGAGCAUUAGAACAAAACAAUAGAUAUAUAUGUAUAAAAAUCCUGUUAUGGUAUGUUAUUGUUGUUAAAAAAAAAUAAUUGUAUGAAAAUGUUUUUCUAAUAUCAAAUGAGAGCUAAUAAUGAUAUCAGUAUAUAAAGUUAUGCUUAAAAAACAAUGAUUUACAUGUGCCUGCGUAAAAAUCGCAUUGUAUAAUGUUUAUUGUAUAUCAAAAUUUGCAAAAAUAUGUCUUGUGCCAAACAGUAGUUGCUGUGUGGAAUCCAUAUGAAUAUUUCUUAUUGUCAUGUAUAUAUUUAUAUACAAAAAAGUUUAUUUAAAUAAUAAGAAAAUAAAAAAUAUUUCUUGAUUGAUUUUCAAAAAAAGAAAUAAUUAUAUGGAUGAAAAAGUCAUGAUAUUUUAAUUCUUUAAGUAUUUCUAUAUUGUAAAAUAUGACAGAAUGCCAAAGCAUAAUGAAGUUACAGUAGCUUAGAUAUGCAACAUAUCUUUUACAAAAUUUUGUAUUGCUAAUAUAUCAAUAUGUUAUCAUAAGAGUGUAUGAAAUACUUAGAAUUUAUGCAUUUAAAACAUUUUACAAUGACUGAAAUCAUACAAUAAACAUUUAAAAUCUUUAAACAGGUAUACAUAUAAAAUAUAUCUAAUUUACAUUUAUAAAUAUAAUACAUGCAAUUACUACAUUUAUAAGCAUACAGAAUAUUUUCUGUCAUUGGCAAAAAUCAUUGAGACUGUAUAUUUUGAGACCAAUAGAAGUAUUAUAUUUUCUAUUUUAUAAAUUUUUUACUUUAAUUAAUAUAAUGAAUCUUUCUAUGCAUUUUCUUAAAAUUUUUAUACAUAAGAAAAGACAACAGUUUUAUAUUUUAUAAAUUGGCUAUAAAUGUACAAUAAGUGAAACAAAAAAAAGUUCCUGUAACAAUAUGUAUGAUUUUCUUUUGUAUUUUAAGAUUCUAAUAUUUUCAUCAUGAUAAAAAAAUCGAACAAUUUUAUAAGAAAUAAUGUAAUAUGUUGUCAUAAUUUUGUAACUAGUCUGUUAAUAUGGAAAAGAUAAAAAAGAAAAAUUGUAGAACAUAUAAUUAUUAUAUAUGCAUAUAAGUAGUACAAGAAUUACUAUUCUUUUGUAUAGAAUUUCAGUAUGACAAAUUAUAUGCAUUAGUUCAAUUUAAA